AUGGUUUCUUCUAUCGGGAUUCCGUUGUUGGAGUACGAGUUGAGUGACUCGAUAAUCCCGACGCGCCUGCGGCAGUCUCUGGCGGCGCUGGACGGGACGUGGACGCCGGCGGCGGCAACGGCGCCGACGGCAGUCGUCGCGACGGCGGGCGAAUUGGAGACGCGGCUGGCACUUCACGAGGACGAACUCUGGACGCAGCUCGGUCGCUGGGAACUGCGCCGUUGGCACCGGUUCUGCUGCGCGGCUGCGGAGGAGCCGGAGUUCCCGCCGCUGCGCCGUCACGCCCUCGCCGCACACGUCGCUUCCCGCUUCAUCCCCAAGGCUCAAUUCCUUCCCGCAACAACGUCCGGAUUCGAACCCACGACGUCCCGUCAAAUCCGGGCAAACGACGACCGACCUCCCACCGAAAGCGACGCAGCUGAAGACCAAGACGCCGACGAAGACGUACCCAACGAAACCCACUUCCGACUCGUCGGCGUACACGGCCUCCCCGGACCCGACCACCCACUCAGAAGCACACCUUCGGAGGUUCUUGAAGACAACCCCUUUGAGAAUCACGCUCUACAGCCCCCCCAGGUUGACGAAGGCCCGGCUGAAGAAGACCCGGCACGAACAAACAAACUGGCGGCCCGGGAGGCGACUUGGGUCCAGGACGAGGUGCCCAGCGAACCCGGGCGGCUCCCACUCUCGCCCACGAGGCACGCGUCCUGGCGCCCGUAUUUCGCGCGCCGGUCGCCGCUGCUGGCUCGUGCCCAGCGAGUCCAACAGCGACGCGUGUUGGGCGUCCUCUCAAAACACCGACGACUCAUGCUGGCCAGCCACGCCUCCUUCUGA